UUGGCAUCGAGGGACCAGCACCAUGGCGGCCCCUGGGCUGCGAGACAUCCCUCUGCUCCCUGGAUCUCCACGUCGGCUGAGUUCACGGACACUGGCCAGAGGAGGCCAGGGCCCCAAAUGCGACCAGCAGUACCUUAAAGUGCCAGUUCCCCAAGCCCAAAGUCAAAGGGACAGUUCUAGCCGACACUCUAGCAAGGUCUCCAGGAGAGACUGUUCCCGUGACAGUUUUGUCAUCAAUAACUACCUGGAUGCCAGUGAACCCAUGUCCUCGGAAGCCCGCCUGAGCCGCAUGCACUUCCAUGACAACCAGAGGAAAGUCGAUUAUGUGCUUGCGUACCACUACCGGAAACGUGGAGCACAGCUGGGUCAUGGCUCCCCUGGACACUCGCUGGCCGUUAUCUCCAAUGGGGAGACGGGCAAGGAGCGCCAUGCCGGGGGCCCUGGCGAUAUUGAACUCGGGCCGCUGGAUGCUCUGGAAGAAGAAAGGAGGGAGCAGCGAGAUGAAUUUGAGCAUAAUCUGAUGGCGGCCGGGCUGGAGCUGGAGAAGGACUUGGAGAUGUACGAGAUCAAAGCCGGAGGCAGCAUCACGAAGAAGUUCAGUGCCAUUCUGCGGAUGCUUAGCUCUCCGCUGCAGCCUAGAGUUCCCGAACACAGCAACAACAGGAUGAAAAACCUCUCCUACCCAUUCUCCAGGGAAAAAAUGUACCUGUACAAUAUCCAGGAAAAGGACACCUUCUUUGACAACGCCACCCGGAGCCGCAUUGUGCAUGAGAUUCUGAAGCGCACAGCCUGUUCUCGAGCCAACAACACGAUGGGCAUUAACUCUCUGAUAGCAAACAAUAUCUAUGAGGCUGCCUACCCGCUUCAUGAUGGAGAAUAUGACAGUCCAGGAGAUGACAUGAAUGACAGAAAGCUGCUGUAUCAGGAAUGGGCACGCUAUGGAGUGUUUUACAAAUUCCAACCCAUUGACCUAAUCAGGAAGUAUUUUGGAGAGAAGAUCGGGCUGUAUUUUGCUUGGCUGGGCUUGUAUACGUCGUUCCUCAUUCCGUCUUCUGUCAUUGGGGUGAUUGUGUUUCUUUAUGGAUGUGCAACCAUCGAGGAAGAUAUUCCCAGCAGAGAGAUGUGUGAUCACCAGAAUGCCUUCACCAUGUGUCCCCUGUGUGACAAGUCCUGUGACUACUGGAACCUCAGCUCGGCCUGUGGGACUGCACGAGCCAGCCAUCUGUUUGACAACCCAGCCACUGUCUUCUUUUCCAUCUUCAUGGCUUUGUGGGCUACCAUGUUUCUAGAAAACUGGAAGAGGCUCCAGAUGCGGUUGGGCUACUUCUGGGACCUGACUGGGAUAGAAGAGGAAGAAGAACGUUCCCAGGAACACUCCCGGCCCGAGUAUGAAACCAAAGUACGGGAGAAACUGUUAAAGGAGAGCAACAAGUUGGCAUCUCAGAAACUGGAAGCGAAUCCACCUGAGGAUGACGAGGAUGAUGAAGAUAAACUGACUUGGAAAGACCGUUUCCCAGGAUACUUGAUGAACUUCGCCUCCAUCUUGUUCAUGAUCACCCUGACAUUCUCCAUUGUCUUUGGGGUCAUUGUGUAUCGGAUCACGACGGCAGCUGCCCUGUCUUUCAACAAGGCCACGCGCUCCAAUGUCCGAGUCACGGUGACUGCCACAGCAGUCAUCAUCAACCUUGUGGUCAUCCUCAUCUUGGAUGAGAUCUAUGGUGCUGUGGCCAAGUGGCUCACCAAAAUCGAGGUCCCGAAAACAGAACAGACUUUUGAAGAACGCUUGAUCCUCAAAGCUUUCUUGCUAAAGUUUGUCAAUGCCUACUCCCCCAUCUUCUAUGUGGCCUUUUUCAAGGGGAGGUUUGUCGGCAGACCUGGAAGCUAUGUCUAUGUGUUUGAUGGUUACCGCAUGGAAGAGUGUGCUCCAGGAGGCUGCCUCAUGGAGCUGUGCAUACAGCUGAGCAUCAUCAUGCUGGGAAAGCAGCUGAUCCAGAACAACAUCUUUGAGAUUGGAGUCCCGAAGCUAAAGAAACUCUUUCGGAAGCUGAAAGAUGAGACAGAACCUGGAGAAAGUGACCUCGAGCACUCAAAACGCCCAGAGCAGUGGGACCUGGACUACAGCCUAGAGCCAUACACUGGGCUGACUCCUGAGUACAUGGAAAUGAUCAUCCAGUUUGGUUUUGUCACCCUGUUUGUGGCCUCCUUUCCACUGGCACCAGUGUUUGCCCUCCUUAACAAUGUCAUUGAAGUUCGGCUGGAUGCAAAAAAGUUUGUUACAGAGCUGAGACGCCCAGAUGCUGUGAGGACCAAAGACAUUGGGAUUUGGUUUGACAUUCUCUCUGGAAUUGGCAAGUUCUCUGUCAUCAUCAAUGCUUUUGUCAUCGCUGUCACCUCCGACUUUAUCCCCCGCCUCGUGUACCAGUACUCCUAUAGCCACAAUGGAACUCUUCAUGGCUUUGUGAACCAUACUCUUUCCUUUUUCAACGUCAGCCAGCUGAAGGAGGGAACACAGCCAGAAAACUCGCAGUUUGACCAGGAAGUCCAGUUUUGCAGGUUCAAGGAUUAUCGAGAGCCACCAUGGGCACCAAACCCCUAUGAGUUUUCCAAGCAGUACUGGUCUGUCCUGUCUGCCCGUCUGGCCUUUGUUAUCAUCUUCCAGAACCUAGUCAUGUUCCUGAGUGUCCUUGUGGACUGGAUGAUCCCGGAUAUCCCUACCGACAUCAGCGACCAGAUCAAGAAAGAGAAGAGCUUGUUGGUGGACUUCUUCCUGAAGGAGGAGCAUGAGAAGGUCCAGCUGGCCGAUGAGCCGGCCCAGAGCCAGGCAGGUGGGGAUCGGAGCAGGAGGAGCCGCCCAGCCAGCUCUGCACCUUCAGGCCGUAGCCAGCCAGGCAGCAUAGCAUCCUCGGGGUCCCAGCACACCAACGUGUGAGUCAGCAGUUGGCAGCAGAGGAGGGCAUGUGACAGCGAAGCGCAUGCGCACACCACCAUACGUUCUUGUACCUCAAUGGCUCCUCUUCUGCUGGGAACUGGCUUGAGGCUGUCUCCAAGAGGAAGUUACAGAAAUGAAACUGUGAGAGAGUGCAGGAG